AUGCACUGCCGGCGCCGUUACGUCGGGACUUACCUGAUCGUCGUUGCGUUCCUCGUUCCAAACGGCUUCGCUUUAGUGGCUCCAUCGAUCCAGAUCUUCGCUUCAUCUGAAGUGAAGGCUGGCGACAAGGUGACAGCCACGUGCGUGCUCAAGACUGGUUCCCAGCCCCUCGUGUUCCUGUGGCUCAAAGAUGGCAAACAAGUGUCGUCGCUCCCCAACGUUAAGGUGAAAUCGGCUGAAGACUUCUCCUUCCUGAUUAUCAACCCUGCCGACGUCCACUCGUCCGGACAGUACACCUGCGUGGUCAAAAAUGCCGAUGGUACCGACUCCAGAACCGUCCAGAUAGAUGUCGAAGCACCGCCGCAAUGGCAAAGGGUGGCCGGCGAUACCGAGGUUGGUCUGGGCGCCACCAAAAGCUUCGAGUGUAUCGCUUUGGGGUCUCCCAAGCCCCGAGUUACGUGGAGCAAGCGGACAGUGCUCAAUCAGCAGUAA